UGUAAAAUUUUACGUUAUUUUUUUUAAAGCUGCUUGGAGAUGUCUUCAACUAGCGCAGCCUUGGUUUUAGAAAAGCAAAUGUAUACAUUCAAUGACCGACGUAUGCUGCCGCAAUUACAGAAAUUACUGCAAAAUACUUCCACAAAAAAGCUCACUGACAUUCUGGAGAAUAAAUUGGGCCGUAAUGAAUUUGCAAAAUUUUGGGAUUGUUUGCUGCUAGGUUUCAGUAUUGAAACUUUCGAAGCUAGAGAGAAACGAUUCGCUUGUGUAAAGUGCUUUCUUGACGGCUUAUUAAAGGUGGAACUAACUUAUCGGCAAACUUAUGAUUUAAUAACACGUUUGUGUUUGGAUUUACAAAAAUUUCCUAACGAGCAUUUAAUAGAGAUUUUAGAGCAUUGCGUAGACCAUUUGCGUGUGGCAGACCCAAAAUGUGUCGGAUGGAAAGAUUUGUUGCCGCCAGUCUUAAAUAUACUUACUGACCAACGAACAGUUAUAGUCAACGGUAUAACCAUGGGUGGUUUGGAAUAUCGCGAUUCAAUUGUUAAAAAUUUGUUUACGAUGCGUUGGCCAAGUGAAGUUCUAACGCCAUUGGCCGAUAUGUGCAGAGAACUUCAACUAUCUGCUAAUGAAAUUACGGUCGUAGUAAAUAAAUUUUGUGGUUAUGUACAAUCUUUAGCUCCGAUGGCAUUGCCUGCGUUAGCAUAUCAAUUGUUUUCCAUUUGCUCUACCGCAUCUCAGAUUAUUGUACCGAUAUUGGCAUUGGACAAGUAUUUUUACCGAUUUUACUAUAAAAAACUAUUUGCCGAUAUGAAUAGUAACUCUGUGGAUUUUGAUAGUAUAGAUAAAUAUUCUGAUAAGGAAAUGAGAGAAGCUGAAGAAACAAUUUUGCAUCAUUUGGAUUUAUGUACUCAGAUUAAAAUUACUGAGCAACAAAUGUGUGCAGUAUUAAGAAACUUUAUAUCGAUGCCGGACAUCAUAUUGACACCUUUUGUUUUAAGCGCUAUUCUAACCAUGAGUAAAGUCAAUCGUAAUCCUAGUUGCGGUUUAAGUGCAUCGAUACUUCUACCAUUUCUACGUAGCGUCAUUUGUCGCAACGAGGACGAACAUACCUUAUCUGAAUAUUCGGUAUGGUGUCGCGAGACUUUGCACCGUCAACACGUCGAUAUAGAGCAAAUUUUCAAGGUACUAAUAGAUCAGAACAAAGAUGGCAAAGAUAUGGUUACUCCCGGUCUCGUAAAUUUAGUAUUUGUUCUACUUAAAUCUAAACAAAAUCCAUCAUUACAACAAAAGGCUAUUAAUUUCCUAACGAAAUUCAUACGGAAACGUUUUAUUUUUGGUCACGGCAUUAUAAAAAAAUUAGCUGAAUGGAUGAUAGUAGAACCAGAUCAAAAUCAAUAUUCUGAAUGUUUGACAUUAUUAAGCGUAGCUGAUACGUUCACUGUUUCCGAGUGUGUGGAAACAAUCGAUUGUGUUUUGGAAACCUUUCUGUGGAUGCCUGGCGAUCACUCGAUGCAGAUGAUGCCGUUCAUUUUGCCCUUAUUAAAAAUUUCACCCAUCAUAACAAAUUCUUUUAUAAAUGUGCUUAGGAAAGCUAUAAGAUGCAAUGAUGUCAAAGUUCAUUGUAUGGCUGUUUAUGGUUUUUGUAUGAUUUUGAAGCAAUUGAAUAACUGCAACUCGCAGCGGUCGCAAGUGAACGUAAGCAGCAUUUGUACUCAGCAAAAUAUUUCAAGUUGUGGUUUCAUGUCACAAAGCGCCAGCGCAACCAUGAACCGAUCCCAUCGACAUUUUGAUAUGUUAUCCUUGGAUAUUAUGGGAAUUUUAAGAAAUUGCCUCCAACAGUCUGUAGAUGUCAAGGUUACUUUAUAUGAAAAUUUACAACGCGCCGUCGAAUUAAAUAAUAAACUUGUCCCUCAUAUUGUGCAAUUUAUUGAUUGGCAUUUUCGUUCAUAUUUCGAAUCGCCGCUUGAGGAGGACGAUAGCAAUCAGUUUAAGGUGAAAUUUGAAAAAAUCACAAAAGCAACGGACGAUCAGGAAAAUGAGAUUCACAUAUAUGAUAAUCUUGGACUACUUUUAGUAUUUAUUGCUCAUUGUUUGGUUAUUUUUGAAAAUUUCGAAUAUGAAUAUAAUGUUAGAGAAAUGAGACGCUUGAUUGAGACGUCCAUAGAGAGGACUUUGAACAAAGGAAUUAAGUUUGAAAGUACGAUGGGGAAUUUAACUCUUUUAAAAAAUGAAUUAAUUCUUCAGCAAUUGAAUUUUUUGGAAGGUCUAAUGGCUUACUGUAUAUUAAUGUCGAAAUCGAACAAUGAUUAUGUCAAACACAUAUUGGGAUUGUUUAGGGAACACGAAAAUUUAAUAGAACGUCUUAAGUCACUUUCUACCAAAAAAUCGAUUAAAAAAUCGAAAACGAAUAUUGAUCCAGAAAAUGCGACUCUGGGUUCAAGUAUAAAUAGUAGCGCAACGAAAAAAGGGCCGAAUAAGCCUGAAAAUAUUUGGAAUUUGGUUGUGGUGGAGCGUUUCAUGCGUUUACUUCACGAAGAUGUUGUUCCUUUCGCUUCGGCGAAUAUGGCUACGCCUCUAAGGUCUCAUGUAAAUUUGGUGCGUUAUGUGCUGGAAGUUGCUGGCCACAAAGUCGAAGCCAUACAUUUACAACCUUUGUAUAAGCAGUUAUCGCACAGUAAACGUACGUUCAAAUACUUGAGCGACAUAACGAAAGUGGUUUAUGAACGUUGCAUUAAAGUUUUACCUAUGCUGUGGAAAGAAUUUGAUCUCACUUCUGCUUCCUUAGCUACAGAAUGUUUUCGGCAAUGCUUGAAUACUGCUAAUAUAACCUACAAAACCAAGUUCUCCGAUACAUUUGUACGCAAUUUUGAUUUGCAUGCAUCCAAUAAGAGCAGCGAAUGCAUACUCGUUCUACAAAAUAUUAUACAGACCUAUAUGGAAGAAGAGUCAUCUGAUGCUGCAGAUUCCAUGCUCAAUGAUCCGGAAGGAUGUAAGAUUCCUUAUAAUCUAUUGUUGAGUUUGGAGAUACUCUAUGAAAAUAUAUCAUUCGAUAGUCGUAUGACAGUUGAAUCGUAUAGUUGGUUACUGCAAUUUUGCGAAAAGUAUGAGAUUAACAAUAAAGAGUUAAGUCUGGUACAUAAAUUAUUGUUUAAGCAAAGGCAAAAAACUCAUUCUGGGGCGUUCUUUCAAACGAUACCAUUGCAUUUCAGUAAAUUGUGGUCGUCUAUUAGAGACGAAGUACAAGAAGAGGACGUUUGCACUCAAUCUCGAGUAAAGUUGAAAUCGAUUACCGUGGUGACAGCCGAAUCGUGCUUGCUGUAUACGUAUGAAGCUAUACGAAAACAAAUUGAAGAUGUUGAAUACUUUAUUACCAAAGCAAAUAAUUUGACCUAUAAAUGCCGCAUAGCAGAUGAAGAUGAUCGUGAUUUCUGUUUAGCUGCUUUAAGUUCAUUGGAACGUUCCAUAUGCUCUCAAUUAAUUCAUGUAUCGCAGACUUUAAUAAAUUUUACCAAUGUUUGUAUACCAUUGGGAACAUCUAUGGAUGGUCUGCUGAAAGUCGUUAUGCAACAUUAUGUUUGUUUAAAGAAUAUGGCCAAACAUUUUCUUAACUGUUGUGCAGGUGAUGUAAAGGUGUCGCUGCGUGGCACAAAAUUUGAUAUCUUAUUGAAAGUGGUGGGUAAAGCAUUGCCAUCUAACUUUUAUGCUUUAAUAACGUAUAUCGAAAGCAAUGUAUUGGAUACGGAUAAGAAGCACAAACGUAAUCCUCAAGUUGGAGCUGCAAAAGUUCUAAGGGAAACGAAAUUUAUAUCAAAAGUUAUUCUCUGCAUAGAGAACUUCAACAAAACUAUCGUCCUUUUGGCUAAAAGAACUGAUCUUCGCUUAGCGAAUUUUGUUCAUGUUGGUACCGCUCGAGAUUAUCGCGUUAAAACUUCCGAUUUAAAAGCAGCCAUAGAUCGCACUCUGUCACAUAGCAGUCAGAUAGAAGAUGCUGAGGUGUUAGACGAUAGUAAUGGAAAUGAGGUGGAAGGCGAAAACGAAAACGAAGACGAAGAAACUUUAUUAGAACAAAUCGAAGAAGAGUCCAGACUUUUGGAAAAUCAAGAGAAUGAAAAUGAAGAAGACGAAGAAGAGGAAGAAACAAAUGAUAAUUAUCAGACACGUCGUAGUAGUGUUUCAAGAAAGGCUUCUUCUGAUGAAAGGAAAUUAGAAAAUUCCGAAAAAAAUAAUAGAAAGAACAAAAGCAAAGAGAAUAAGACGAGUACAGAUAACGUAAUCGAAUCUGAUAGUACUACUUGCUCACCUAUAACACCCGACGAUAAUGAAGUGCUGCGGAAGGAAAGCGAAAAUGUUGACGAAUCACAAUUAAGAAAAAAUGUAGCUAAAAUUAAUGCCAGAUCUACAAGGAAACGUACGCAAAGGGAUAGCGAUGCCUCGGAAGCUGUCAGCGAACAGCCUACGAAAAGACGAGCAAGUAAUAGACUUUCAUCGAAGAAAUGA